AUGCUCACUGCAAAUCUAUGGAAGAACCUAUGGCUCGAGACAGCACAACAGAACUUUAAGCCGUCAUCUUAUAAAUAUAUUAAGUUGGAGAAGGCUAAGGAGGCUAUUAGUAAGCUGAAGACGUGGAAAGAGCAGUGUGAGAUGAUCGUGCAUCUAUUCUCGACGGACCCUCGACCGGAACUUUUGGUAACAAUCAUGGUACCGCCGGACAAAGGAACGCCAGUAUUCCACCACCUAUUGGAGUUAAAUACGCUUAUGUCACGGGCUCAAACUCAGUUGAUGUCACCUGAUAAGUUGAGCAUGAUCAGGAGAUAUUAUAUGCCGACAUGCAUCAAUCUCACCCUGACAAUUACCGGUUUACCUACCAACAUUGACCCUCAGAAGGACCAGUCGGACGACAACCUAUUGAAGCCGGUGUAUACACCUUCGAAGACCGUGAAGGAGAUGAUACCUCAUUUCACGGAGAAACAUAAGGAUAAGAUUUUCGAGAAUGACAAGAUCAAGAUCACGGACCGGGCUAAGUUCAAAUUCAACAAUGGAUAUAUGAGCCUAGACUUGACCAAGGUCGACUUUUCGAAGCUGAGGUGUCCAACACGCAACUACAUUGCAUGGCGUCAUGAGCAAGUCAUACGAGAACAGGUGAAGGCAUGGUUAGAUGAUGGGGUGAUUGCAGUCAACUACGAAUCAACUCCAGUCAACCUAGCUCUCUUGGCAGUCGACCAAUUUAACUCUGACGGAACGCUGAAGAAGUUUUCACCUACCGAGGAUAAAUGA